GAUUUUUGUAUAUUAGAAACGUGUUAUCGUCGUGUGCAGAUAGCAUAUUUCCUACCGAAUUAUAAUUUUUUGGUAUACACAUACAUACAUUUAUGCAUGUAAUUAUAAGUAUAUGUAUAAACUUACCUAUUUACUCGUAUGUAUGUCAACGUAAAUCUUCAUUACCGCAGCAAUUAUUUAUUUCGUUCAAGUUUACUGACAUCAUUCAAUAUUAUGAAGACAAAAUACAACAUUUCGUAAUUACGAAACAUUAUCGGAAGGAAUGCCAUUUAGAUUCUCCCGUUUAUAUCGAUUUGCAUUUGAAAAUUUUAGUUGCUCCUAGCACAUCAUCUAAAUAGCACAAGAAAUAUUUUUACGUUUCGGCGAUCGAAAAAUAUCUGCGAAGUACUUGACUGAAAUAAUAAAGAUGAGUUAUGAAAUCUUGUUGUUUUUGAUUUGUUCUUUUGUGUUCAGUGUUCAUAGCGACAUCUAUGAUGCAUGCGAAAAUAUGCCAAAGCACUCAUUUAUAGGCAGCAAUACAUCAUGUAGACAUUUCAUAUAUUGUGCUGAUGUCGAAUCCUAUGAGGGCGAAUGUGAAGAUGGCGACUAUUUUAAUGAAUUAUUGCAGACGUGCGACCCCAAGCACCUUGUCAUCUGCAAACUUGACACCGCAAACAACUCCAGCUCUAUUUACACGGCGCCUACUCAAGCGACUACAACGACUACAGCAUACAAUUCAUCAUUUUCUUCAACAGCAAUAGCUUCAAGUGAGAUUCCCAUAUUAAGCUCGUCAGCACCAAUGCAAACUACGAAAAUAAACAAUCAGACGGACUCUAACACAAGUGUUAUAGGUGGACCUAUCACAACUACAACGGCUCCGUCCAUAACGAAUGGAGAUAUGGCUAUACUAAUAUCAACGGAAUGUCCGUCAAUGGAUAAUCCACAUCAAAUGAUUUUCGUGCCACAUCCGAAAUCUUGUUCAGAUUAUUUCAUUUGUUAUCGUGGUGAAAAAAUGGCAAUGCACUGUUCUUCAAUGCUACAUUUCAAUGCCAACACUGGAAAAUGUGAUUAUCCGGAGAAUGUUCGGUGUCGGACCGGCUUCAGCAAUCCAAGAGAACUUUGCCAGCUGCAUACAGUCGAUUUAUAUCCACACAGCACGAAUUGCAACUACUUCUACUACUGUCGAAAUGGAUAUCUUCUGCUGCAGCAAUGCCCCGUUAAUUAUGGCUGGGAUUUUGAAAGACGUGCUUGCACGACGCUUCAGCAAGCUACUUGUUACAACAAAAUAAUAAUGCAAUGAUUUUAUGAAAACUUGUUUAUACAUUUAUGUAAUAAAGAUAUUUAAAAAAAUUUA